ACUGGGAAUAGGCUAUAACAGCGCACUAACUUCACCAUAUCGACGUGUUUGCAAUGGUAAUAGGUUAUGUUCUACAUCCAUGAGCUCAACAGCAGUAUAGUCUAUUAAUGUUUCCCAGUGUUCGGCAUAUUUGAAAAAACUAUGAAAGGACCUGGUGCAUUAUUUAUCCUAUUAUCUCUCUGGCGCAUUGAUUGUGGAGGAGUUGUGUAGGUCAUAGGAUGCCAGACAUUACACUUAAGAGAUUUCUGUUAUUGCAGUUUAACAGACAAGGAUAUCCAAGAAACAUAGCUGAGGACGUAGUGUACUUUUGAUUUAACAAAGAACGGAAGAUUAUGGAUGAAGGCACAGUUUCCAACGACUCUGUUCCAGAUUUAAAAGAUUUGGAGGUGAAAAUCGGACGGAAGACACCGGAGGGUUUGCUAAAGUGGAUGCGGGAAGAGGCGUCAACGCAACGCGGAGAUGCCAAGUUGAACUCGCCGGAGACCAAAGACGGAGACAUCACAGAGAGGAAGAGCCUAGAUGAGAAGAUUAGAAAACUAAAAGUCGAUAUGGCCCACCUGCGCUCGGUGGAUGUGAAGAUCCUGCAGCAGCUGCUGGCGGUGCACGAGGGGAUCGAGGCAUGCAAGUGGCUCCUGGAGGAGCGCGGCACCCUGGCCAGCCGCUGCAGCAGCCUGACCAGCAGCCAGUACAGCCUGGGAGAGGGCCCUGGAGGAGACACCUCCUGGAGAGACAGCUGGAGCAGCCUGCAGGACCCCCUCAACGACAAGCUGGAUAACAUCUCUAUAGGUAGCUACCUGGACACCCUGGCGGACGACAUGGAUGAGUACUGCCCCUCUAGUUCUGAGUAUGCGCUGUGUUCUACUCCACUGGGGACUGAGAUGCCCACUCGGACUGGCGGAGGGACAGGUGCUGGGGUAGGGGUGGGGAGAGGUGCUGGAGCAGGGGCAGUGUCUGGGGCAGGGGUUUUGGCUGGGACAGGAGGGGCAGGAGCUGAGUUAAGCCCGGGCACAGGGGUCAAGGUAGUUGUUGGGCCUGGGGCUCCCCAAGUCAAGCCAGAGAUCCCCAAAGAGGAGCCUCCCAUUUGGACUAAGGCCAAAGAGGUAGUGAAAGGAACCACCAUCACCAAGGGCACCAAGGACUCCAACCAAAUGCAGCAGCCCAGUAAGAGCAAUGGCGUCCUGGAGAAGGCAGUCAGGCAAGCAGGAGGACUUGCUGACUCGGCCCGGGCCUGCCUGGCUGAGAAGCUGGGGAAAAACCAGAGCCCCAAACUCAAACCCUAUAAGAACGGCAAGAUCGACCUGGAUGGCUGCAAGAUGAACGGCACAAUGCACCUGGAGUAUGACGCCCAUUGGCGAUGGGUGCAGUCGCAGGAUGAUGUUACAUUUCUGUGAGGUGGAUGUAUUACGCCACUAAAGACGCUUAGCCUGCUCCCAUGUAAUGACCGAACAGGUCAAAGGUUAAAAGAGAUGGGUCUUGGACUGGUGUUGUGGUUGAUUGCAGUUAUUAUACAAACUUCUACAAUUGCCAUUGUGCAAUACACCAGGUGUGGAUGAGUAGGAGAGUACAACACCAUUACAUUAUGUUCUAUUCACUCUAAAUGUGACUGCACUAACUUUCUAGAACAUUGACAGUAUUAUAUUUGGGAUAAAGUUGAUAUUUUGUUUACCCUCUCUUCCUGUGUGCAUUGUAAUAUACAGUACCAUGGAAAAUUAACAAUUUCCAAAAUAAAAUAUAUUUGUUACACAUACACAUCUAUAGAACCUAGUUAAUGACCAAAGUUUGCCCUUACUGAUCAAUCCCAUGUCAAAAUGAUUGUAAAACACCCUAUCUAUGAAUUAUAGAUACCUGAAUCCUUCUCAUACAUACUAUACCAUAGCAUGCAAAGAGCAUCUAGAAUGUUCCUACUGUUUGCACACGAUUGCUAUUGUGGAUGUCCUAAAAUUACCUAAAGUACUUAACCAGUCAAUGCAAUAUGUAUAAUCAGUGAAUCACAAUGCAAUGAAUCUGUGCAUCAGGUUCUUAUGUGGGUGGAUGUGUUAAAAUGUGUCAAUAUGGCUGAGUAUUAAUAUUGUUAUUUUGUGGAUUAUACAGUAUUUUUCAUUUGGAAAGCAGAUGUUGUCAUCGGUGUAAUCCUAAACUAUUAUGCCUGUAUCUCCCAUUCCAAGUUAACUGCACUGUUUUUCUGAUAAUCCUGAUGGUUUAAAUGACUGAUUUGCCCUCUUUCAGUACUCCGCUGUCUUAAUGAGUCCAACUGUCUCUGUUCUUUUUCGGUGUUGAGUGGUGUGAAGUUAUUAGUCAUUUAGGUGGGUGAAAAUUGCAUGUCAUGUGCUGACUGGUUUAUUGGUAAAAAAAAUCACCAUGAAAAAUGUGUGAAAAGCUUAAUACAGGGAAGGAAAGCGAUAUUCCCUCGAAGCCUUUUGUAUUCGGUUCUAAACAACCCACUCUCACACAGAACCAUCACCACUGAAAGCUAAUAAUAUCUCAACACUCCAAGGGAGGGGUUGCCAGGACAACUGAUAGAGGGUGAGAGAGAGAGAGAGUUCACGUGUGUAUGUACAUGUGUGUCUGUGUGAGUGCACGUCUAUGCAUUGAUGUGUGUGUGUGUGUGUGUGCACAUAUGUGUGUUUGCAACUGGCUGCUGUGCACAGCUGCUCUGCUAGAUUUAGAUGAGGAUGGAGGUGUCUCAAGGGGCUGUUCUUUACUAGGCUAUCCCCUUAUUUUUCAUCAAGGGAAAACCACACAUUUCACUGCACCUAUCUGUUGUAUGUAAGAAUCAAACAUGUAAAAGAAAUGAAUAGUAAUUGUCUCACCCCAUCACCCUCUCCCAUCCCAUCCCAUUCUACCCUGUCGCCAUUAGUCAUAUAAUGCACUGUAUUUGUUAGAUAAUGGAUACCAGAUAAGGUUUGUGUAUUGCAUAGGCAUUGUGAAUGUUAUCAGAUCUAUUCUGCAUGUCAUGGCACGAGAUUAGUGUAACAAAUCAAUUUAGGAAGGAGUGUUUUCAAUUGAAUUAAGUUAGGAUUUCCCUUCGUGAUGUUUUGAAUUCUGUAUACUCAUGCCUUUACUUCCUUGUUAGCGGUCUUAGUUCCAUGUUUCUAGGGUGUCUGUCUCUGUGUGAUGUCUUUGCUUGCGUGGCUCCAGUUCUGUACCACUCAGCACUCCUAUUAGAGCAGCCUUUUAAUAUGUUUCAGAUGAGUUUUCACUUAAAGACCUCAGCGAGACUCCGUGACGGGCAGGCAGGGUAGGCAGUGCUUACCCUGUGAUAGUCUAAUAAA